GAAAGCCUGGAAAAGCGAAGGUUCUGUCGACAUCAAUCAAGUCUCGUCUCGUCUCCUCUGGUUACUUCUGUUGGCAGACUCAAAGGAAAUGUCAUGAAAUGAAAUGACCUCGUUUGUCGUCGUGCACUUCGUUAUGGCCUGCAUCUGUGUCAUGACCUCUCAUGGUCAUGGGCAGAGAGACGUGUGUUCAGAAGAAGCUGUUGGGUACCCGUACCCUCUCCUCUCCACUCCACUCCACUGGUGGUCUGCAAUUCGGUAUUCUCAAUCUCGAUCAGUCAAUCAUUCAUCCGACAAAGAAGAGAAACCAAACACGACAUCACUCCGACUGAAGUUUAUCCUUCACUGUCUUCUCACUCCACGCAUUCCCGAGGUUCGGAUCUUGUGACCACUACCAAGUUGCGCCAGGCACUGAGUGAGGCAGUGAUUGAGGCAGGCUAGCUGGACCAGGACGGGGCCCAGAGUCCGAGCUGGAUAUCUGCUCGAUCGAUUGAACCACACAGACCCGCAGCGCAUGUCAGACUGUCGCGGAGGACGAACAUCUUCGAGAGGUCAGAGCUCAACAAGGUCGAAGAACAGCGACCAUCGAUAGUCACGGGCAGUAGUUGGACAGGGGUCCGGGUCUGAGUCUGAGCUGAGUCUGGGUCUGCUUGCUUCGACAAACGUCCUCGGGAGGUGGAAGAGCUCGCCAAGUACAGAGACACAUACGGUGCGAUAUUCUUCUCAGCACGAAGAAGUGCGGUCUGAUGUGCGUGCCAAGAACUGAGGUUGGGAAUUCGGCGGUCGAUUUGGUUUCCGGGGCGAUGUACUCGAUGAUGUCGUGUACGGGGGAGCUGGUCCAGUGGUCUCGAGCUUCGUAGUUGUCGCUUCGUUGGCCCACUCUGAGGUUCGACUUUCGAAACGCAUGUGUACUUUUAUACGCAGAUCACGUGUCGAAGUUCGUAAGCGGACGGACUGCAGUACGAGAAUUCUGAGAAGAGAUCAAUCAGUGCUCAUGGUGUACGUCCUACUUGCUGCUGGGACAAGGGUUUUUUGCGACCGGCCCCAUGCCCUGCCUAGGCGAGCUGAGCAGAUCUGUAGAAUCUGGGAGGAGGAUCAGGAGGAGGACCCUUCAGGCCCCAGGGAGCUUCUGGAGCCUGAAGACUCUGAUCGGCUGUCUGAGUUGGCCUGAGGAGAAGUGACGGCUCGUCGAUAAACGCGAGCAGAAUUGAAGUACACCUGGAGCUUUACUGUUGACCGCUUGUCACAUCUAGGAGGCCUCGCCAGCCGUCAGGAAUGACGGCCAGUCUGUCUGAUCAGCGAUUCCGCUGAUCUCCUCGGGAGGAUUUUCAUGUCAUGUUAGAAUGCACUGGUCGGCCCUAACGGAGCAUUGUGCUCCAAUGUUCAGACACGAUACCAUUCGCAACAUUCUCAAAGGAUCCUCUUCAUCUGAACUAGAGAAAUGAAGAAGGCUGGUGCUGAUGGGCCGUGACUCUGAUGCAAUGUUGUAUUUCGCACUCUGUUAGAGCCUUGUACGAGUAUUGGCCGUGACUUGAAAUAAUCUGCGCUGGGAAUUUGCCCUUUCAGAAGCUGAGUCUGGUUAAGUUGAGUCUCUUCUGGACGCUAGGGGGGAACUCGUUCCCUGCCCUCGG